CGCCGCCCCUUCCCGCUCUGCGGGGGCGCUUACCGCUGCGGGGAGGAGCGGGCACCGGCACCGUAUAAGGCCCGCCCGCAGUCCCGGCUCCGGCACUCGCACUGCAGCUCCUGGCGCGGCUCCCGCCCGCCCCUCCGUAGACACACGAGCGCAGACCUGCGCCGGGCGCACCGCUCCGCACCUGUCCCGGCGGGGCGCAUCGCUCCGCACCGCUCCGCACCCGUCCCGGUGGGGCACACCGCUCCGCACCGCACCUCACCGCUCCGCGCCUGUCCCGGUGAGGUGCAUCGCUCCGCACCGCUCCGCACCGCUCCGCACCUGUCCCGGCGGGGCGCAUCGCUCCGCACCGCUUCGCACCCGUCCCGGUGGGGCACGCCGCUCCGCACCUGUCCCGGCGGGGCGCAUCGCUCCGCACCGCUCCGCACCACUCUGCACCUGUCCCAACGGGGCGCACCGCUCCUCUCCGGACCGCUCCUCCGCACCUGUCCCGGCGGGGGGCAUCGCUUCGCUCCGCACCGCUCCGCGCCCGCCCCGGCGAAGGCACACAGUAGCGCGGCACUCCCGCGGUGUCCCGUCCCCAUCACCUUCCUUCUGCGCCAGCCGGCCCGUACCGGCCCCGCGGGGGCAGCAGCUGCCCCUCUGAUUUUGGGGCAGAUCCUUGGCUCCAAGAGCGAGUCCCUCCCGUAGCAUGGGGCGCUUCACCGUCUGGGACUAUGUGGUCUUUGCAGCCAUGCUGCUGAUCUCGGCCGUCAUCGGCGUCUACUACGCCUUCGUGGGAGGUGGGCAGAAGACCUCCAAGGACUUCCUCAUGGGGGGCCGCAGCAUGAGCGCCCUCCCUGUCGCGCUGUCCCUCACCGCCAGCUUCAUGUCAGCUGUCACCGUACUGGGCACCCCCGCCGAGAUCUACCGCUACGGUGCCAUCUUCUGCAUCUUCGCCAUCACCUACGGCCUGGUGGUGCUGUGCAGUGCCGAGAUCUUCCUGCCCGUCUUUUACAAGUUGGGCAUUACCAGCACCUACGAGUAUUUAGAGCUUCGCUUUAAUAAAUACCUGCGCCUCUGUGGAACGGUCCUCUUCAUUAUACAAACGACCUUAUACACUGGCAUUGUCAUUUAUGCUCCAGCUUUAGCACUAAAUCAAGUCACUGGCUUCGACUUGUGGGGUGCAGUGGUGGCGACUGGCGUGGUCUGCACUUUCUACUGCACGCUGGGUGGUCUGAAGGCAGUGGUGUGGACAGAUGUUUUCCAGGUUGGAAUCAUGGUCGCUGGAUUUUCGUCUGUGAUUAUACGAGCUGUGGUGGUUCAGGGGGGAAUUGGACGCAUUGUAAAUGAUUCCUACUAUGGAGGAAGAUUAAACUUCUGGGACUUCGAUCCCAAUCCUUUGCAAAGACACACCUUCUGGACGAUUGUUAUAGGUGGGACCUUCACAUGGACUGGCAUAUAUGGGGUCAACCAGUCUCAAGUACAGAGGUACAUUGCAUGCAAAAGCAGGUUCCACGCAAAAAUGUCCCUCUACAUCAACUUGCUGGGCCUCUGGGCGAUACUGGCCUGCGCAGCGCUGUGCGGCCUGGCCCUCUAUUCCAUCUACAAGGACUGCGACCCAUGGAUGGCAAACCAGGUGUCAGCACUCGACCAGCUAAUGCCAUACCUAGUGCUGGAUAUUCUCCAUGAUUUUCCAGGAGUGCCAGGACUUUUUGUGGCUAGCGCCUACAGUGGGACAUUAAGUACAGUGUCCUCCAGCAUCAAUGCUCUGGCUGCCGUGACUGUCGAAGACCUCAUUAGGCCGUACUUCAAAUCCCUCUCUGAAAAGAAGUUGUCAUGGAUUUCAAUGGGGAUGAGCCUGUUUUAUGGUGGAGUCUGCAUCGCUAUGGCUGCACUGGCAUCUCUCCUGGGAGCCUUGUUGCAGGCAGCGCUCAGCAUUUUUGGCAUGGUCGGUGGCCCCCUUUUAGGACUGUUUGCCUUGGGAAUCCUCUUCUCCUUUACAAAUGGAAUUGGUGCAUUUGUGGGUCUUGUCAGUGGCUUUGUUAUUUCACUUUGGGUUGGAAUCGGAGCUCAAAUUUAUCCUCCACUCCCAGAGAGGACCAAGCCACUACAUCUCUCAACUGCAGGCUGUAAUAUAACCUCAGGAAAUUUGACGUCAACAGCAAAUCCAUUAACAACAGUCUUCAACACACCAAUUGCAGAGAGGCCUGCCCUGGCAGACAAUUGGUAUUCCUUAUCUUAUCUCUACUUCAGCACACUUGGGACACUUAUCACAAUAGCUGUGGGAAUAAUUAUCAGCCUCUUAACAGGAGGACUGAAGCAGAACACAGAUCGUAAAUUCCUGCUGACCAAGGAAGAUUUCCUGUCCAACUUCUCAUGGUCUAAAUCUGAGACACCAGAGAAAGUGGAAGUGUUGAACUGGAAACCAUUUACCGUGGCAGCUGAAGGAACUGACAACCCUGCUUUCAGCCACAUUGAAAUGGAUGUUGCAAGCAAUAAGAACAAAGUCAAUGGCCUUCAUAUAUGACAUGGGGCCACGUCAGCCCAGUUUUGUUCGUAUAAAGCACUGUUGACAUUCCUGUACCGGUUGAGUUACCAGCCCUGCUGGGGUCAUGGGCAGGUGUCUGCUGAGCUUCGUGGCACUGUCACCCUUGCAUGACCUUGACAUCAGUCAAGAAAGGAAUCAGGUCUUUCUUGCAUUUCCUCACUCUCUCUCUCACUUUGGGUCUUGGUGACAGGGCUUAAGGCAAUGUUUCUCUGUGAAAUAUUUGCCUGAUAUUCUUUGAGCCUCCUGGAAAAUAUCUGCUUUUAAUCUCAGUUCACUCUCAGAGUAAAUUUUUUAUUUAGUAAGAGCACUGUUCCCCCAGACACGGCUGUUUUUCUGGUUUGUUUUUGGUUUUUUUUUUUUUUCUUUUUUCUUGUAAGGCAUUGAAAGCAUGCAGAGAUUAGGGCUGCGGGACCUUAUCAGAUUGCAAGAAACAGUGGGUCUUUUUUUUUAGUACAGGAGGUGCAUUUAAUGCCUUCUGGUUCCUUUGUAGAACAGAUCCUGAGAGUGCAUUUAUUUUGCUGGUUUUGUCAUAUAUGUUUGUUCUUAUUAAGCCACUUGUUCCCUGGUUACCUGCAUCUCUUUAUGCUCACUGCUGGAAGCUAUAAGAGUGUCUUUGGUGAUGGGUAGAGGCAGAAGUCAGUAAUAUUCUUCCCUUCAUGGCCCGUCUCCCUCUUCUGCCCUGUCUUGCCCUUAGAGAGCUGGUUCUCAUGAAGGAAAUGAGCUAUUUGGGCUUUUUAUUCAAUGCCAUAUAGCAGAACCACGGUAGACUUCUACUUCAUGCCCAGCGUGCUGGCCUAGGACUGCUCUUGCACUGGGCUGGGCAUAGUACAGCAGAGAUGUUAAUGCAAGAAGAGGGCACUCUUUGGUGUACUGGACAAGAGGGAAGGCUGCAUCUGCAGUUGCCACUGCAAUUAACUGUGGACCUGUGAGCUGAAACCUCAUGUAGCCAUUUGUGUUCGUGCAGUUCCUGUUGCCAGUCUGGGGAUUCACAUUCAAGGUUGGUCUAGAUCAGGCAAGGGCAUGUCGUGUGUUUUGGCAAGCAGGCAAAGUCCACGGGGCAAUCGCCUGGGAUGGGGAAGGGAUUGCAGAGGCUAUCAUUUGGUGAAGGCUUUUCCAGGGCUACAGGGCACAGGAUGGCUCACCCUCUGGCUGGGCUGCCAAGAGAAGCUGAACGGCACAUCCACUCCAGACCACGCACUUUACUUGUGGUUUGGGAGAAGGAACACCCCCAUUGCUUCCUUAUCCUGUGUGCUUUCUGGUGCAGCAAGGAACCGACUCUGACCCACUGUGUUGUUUUUGUACUGCAGACCUUUUGCUAUGGCUAUACAUGGGAGCAGAAUCAAGUUGGAAAAUAAAAGCCAUUGCAGGAAAUUCGAGCCAUGAAGCUUAUAAAGCAGUCAUGCUUGAGAAUCAAAUGAAACACUGACUGCAUGUCUUAAAUGCUUUCUAAAAGUUAUGCUGCAUUUGUGCCAGGUGCUGAGCUGCUGUAACUUGGAAUGUGACACACUGCUAGUUUAUCUACCUUGACUGGGGCCCUUAAGCAUCUAAAUCAAUUUAUUCUGUGCCCCUGUGACAGAGGGCACUUGAUGAUCUACUGCAUAAAAAGAACUGACAGGAUCAGAAAACAUUAGGAAGAAAAAAGGGGCUCCAAGGAGCAGACCUCGGCUAGAGGAGUACAGGCAAGACAGAUGCUGUGUGAGCUGCCACCAGGGGCAUGUCUCCAUUGGCUAACCCAGUGCAGAACUACAUGAUGAAGACGGGUUUCUCCUCUGCCUCCUGAAGCAUUGGUUUGCAUGAUCCCACGCAGAGUUUAGGGCCAGCCCCUUGUCUCCCAUUCCACUGCUGCAGCUCUGUGACCAGGUAAGGGCCUAGAGCCACUGUGCAGAAGAGCUGUGAGAGAGCAGGAUAGAUCCCGUGAGUCAUUUCUUGUGUCCCUAUAUCUAGGAUCUGAGACAAACAGUAGCAUCCAGAAUAAAGUCUUUUGAGAUUCAGGAGGGAGGUCUCUGUUCUGGGACUAUCCUAAUCACUCUGAGAAAACUAGUCCACUGAGUGAACGAGCUGGCUAUGCUUCUGAAGCCUCAGAAGAUAAGUGCAGCUGAUCCAGCCUUGUGCUUUGUCUUCCUGAUCCAGAAAUAGAUACUGCAUUUUGUGCUACAGAAUAGUUCUUCAGCCUUAGAGUAUAACAACUUGUACUUACCAGGUACUUUCAGCUCACAGAUCUGAAAAACAGUAAGUACAGGUAUCUCCACUCUGCCGCAGAGUGCUGAAAUGGACUGAUGUGCCUCUGUGUACCUGUGCACACUAAACUGUGGACAGAGAGAACAGAAACCUGUCGCAAGCCAUUGACCUGUGUGCCUGCUGGUACGGCUACAGCCCUCCCAGCACAAAUGCUGGACACCCACCUGAAUGUGCCUCUCAGGAGGGUGACUGAUGACUGCUGUGUUAAACAGCACCAGCGUCGCCUUUGUUGCACCACUGUGUCGAGAUCACUGCGCUGUAAUUGAUAUUGCUUUAAACUGUCUUGGAUGAUCUGCAACAUCUACCUGUUUUGGUCGUGAAGUGAAGACUAAUUUUCCUAGUUAUAGUUAAGAUAGGUUUUUUUUUUUCUCAGUGCUUUGAAUUCACAUAGUUGUUUAAAAUAGAGGAAUCAUGUAAAUGACCAACUUAACUUCUGAUUAAAGUCACUAUUUGAGCACUGAGCAGUCAUUUAACUCUAAUUUUGGUAUGAAGUGAAAUUUUGGCCAGGGGAUAUCUGUUGAUCCACAAUCACAACUUCAAGAUGAGUUGUCACUGCGGAGACUAGCUUGCUGUAAGAAGUUGAGAGACAAACAUUCUUAAGCUCUGCAGAUGACCCUGGCAACUACCCCAUUUCCUGCUAAUUAACCUCCCAUCAUUGCUGCAGAACUAAAAAAUGACUCUUUCUGCUUUACUUUUUCUGUAUGUUUCUUGGUUUAAUUGGCAUCACUAAUUAAAACAAUUAAUUUUGAA